AGCAACCUUCCUCUUGAGAUUCUCCUCAUGAUCCUCGAAGACGCGGCAGAGCCGACGUUUUCCCAAAAAGAGAAAUACGACGAUAAAAAUCCCUAUGCAACUGCCCUCUCCCUAUGUCUCGUCUCUCGACUUGUGAGACGCAUCACACUGCCCAAACUCCUGCACACCAUCUUGCUCCGCCGAUUUCACAGCGUAGGAAUGUUCGCAAAUGCUCUGCAUAUUCAAAAAGCAUACGCUGUUGAAAAAAGCGAUCUUUUCUUUGACUAUACCUCCGUCGUACAGAGGAUGUGGAUUGGUAAUUCUCCAGAAUCUCAAUUACAAGAUUCUGAGCUCGCGCCGGAAAUCAGCGUGCUGGUUCCGGUGUUACUGGCCGGACCGGCACUUGCGAUCGACUGCUGCUAUUUAAAGCUUGUUAUUCAUAGCGUGGAAGAUGCAUCGACCUCCUGCGAAAAUCCCAAUGUCGACAACGGACCCUCCUUUUUUCCUGGAAAAACCCAAAGUCUAACGAUAAUGGGUCAUACCACCUCCAGUACGAUAUUCCAGACCGUUCAGAAAGGAUCCGGUUUCCUCGCAUCAAUCCCCCAUCUCACCUACCUGAUCGAUCUGCCUUUUGACUCGGACACU